UGUAAGUCAGAUUUAUUACCUUAGAAUUCUAAUUGACAUCAUAUUCAAAGGAAAGUUAAUUGAAUCAUUAGUAUAAAUGUAAAGAGGAUUUAAUUCAGAAUUGAUCUGCCAUCAUGUUCCUUGUAAGCUUGAUUAUUUAUACUUUGUUGCAAACCGGCAUUGGUCAGAUACUUCCAGGUACCGUUCCAUCACUCCCUAACCCCACUUUGGAAGGAUGUCAGAAGGAGGCUGAAGGUGCAAACAUCACUAGCAAUUAUACCUCAAUUUAUGCCAAAGUUAUAGAUAAAUGGUGCGGAACCUAUGAUGAAGUUUUACCAUGUGUUGAUUUGUCAUUACCCUAUACUCGACUGGCGGAUGUUAAUGACUGGUACCUUAGUAUGAUGUUUGAUAUGGAUAUUGCUAACAACAUUUCAGAUGCUAUGUGUUCAAAGUUUAAAGAUUAUGCAGAUGAUAUGGAAUGUAUUGACCGCAGCAGACGAGCAAGUUCAUUCUGUACACAAUACCAGACGAAACAUCUAUCCACAGUAAUACUACAGUUAUACUAUACAAACUCAACGGAAAAUCCGUAUGCAGACGUAAAUGCGUGCUUGUAUGCUAAUCACACAGCAACUUGCAUGACAAGACACAUGAAAUAUUGUUCAAGACCAGUUAGAAAAUUAAUCAAUCAGUACUAUCGUUUGUUAAAUGGAAAAUGUAAACAAAUUCUGUAUGAAAAUCAACUAGAGCAUAGAAACAAAACUACUACUGCAAAACCUACUGUGAGGAAACAAAGUUUCGCAGAUAAGGUGAACAAAAUACUUAAGAUGAAGGAGGAAGCAAAGAUUAAACCCGGAAAUUUCAAGGAAACGAUGACGAAUUUAUUCAGGCAAAUUGAUCCAGAGAUAGCAACAGGAAAUUCAACACUUCUUCAAACUGAUUCGAGCCUUGCGAAGGAGACAAGUGGCAAUACAACAAGCGAUGUAAAUACGGUAAAUAAGAUAAAUGCAGGGAACCAGACAAUGGAACUAUCUUCCAAUUCAACGAUUGAAGAACCUUUGAUUCCAAAAAAGAAAAAGCCAAAAGUUAGCAAGAAAGAGAAGAUAAAAGCAGAGAUAAAGAGGUUACUGCAGUUUGUUCUUAGUAACGCCUGAUUGAAAUAUACAGAAAACACCAUUUCAUACUGUUAUAAGAGCUUGUGAGCAAAAAUCCAGUUAUAGCAGUUUAAAUUAUAGGACAUACAGAGUACAUUUCACCUGAUAAUUUUUUGAUAUAAUAAAUAUGAUAAAAUGA